AUGGUCAACGUCGAUGCCAAUGUCGCCGGCAUGGCACAUGAUUUGGCGCAGUCUCUGUUUCUUACAGGCUUUGCACCUCCGUUUCCACCUCGCCCUUCACUAUGCCCCGAUUUCAGGGAAGUAUCUUCUCGUACAGGUGAACUGCAAUAUAAUCCUGAGAUAGAGAAAACUGCUCGUGCAUUGAGAAAAGCAACAAGAGAACGAGCAGAGGCAUCCUCCUCAUCUACUGGACAUAAUUCAGUAGUAGAUUUUGUGGAUUCAUUUAGUGAGACGGAAGAGAUAGAUAGCACCAUGGCUAAUGAACGGACAUUGAGAGAAUUGGCUGCACCAGAUUUAAAUCAACAGCCUCUAUGCAUUACUUAUCCUACAUUAGAGGUUGCAUUUGAGUUAAAAUCUGGACUAAUCCAUUUACUUCCUUCUUUUCAUGGCUUACCAGGUGAAGAUCCCCACAAGCAUCUCAAAGAAUUCCAUGUGGUUUGCUCGACAAUGAAACCUCAGGGAGUCACAGAGGAGCAAAUUAAAUUAAGAGCCUUUCCAUUUUCCUUAGCCGAUAAAGCUAAGGAUUGGCUCUAUUAUCUGCCCUCUGGGUCAAUAUCCACAUGGACAGACAUGAAGAAGCAUUUUCUAGAAAAAUUCUUUCCUGCAUCCCGAGCUGCAAGCAUUAGGAAAGACAUCUGUGGAAUUCGACAAUUCAAUGGAGAGACUCUACAUGAAUAUUGGGAAAGAUUCAAGCAACUAUGUGCUAGUUGUCCUCAUCAUCAAAUUCCUGACCAACUCCUCAUCCAGUAUUUUUAUGAGGGUCUGUCCCAAACUGACAGAAGAAUUAUUGAUGCUGCCAGUGGGGGCUCCUUAGUGAAUAAAACACCCACGGAGGCAAGAAAUUUGAUAUCGAGUAUGGCUGCAAAUGCUCAACAAUUUGGAGACAGGCAGGAUAACACGACUCGUAGAGUCAAUGAGGUAAGUAAUUCUUCAAUAGAGCAAAGAUUAGAUUGUCUAACUUCUUUGGUUGAAAAGUUAGCUAUAGGACAAAUGCAGCAAUUGAAAACAUGUGGAAUCUGCUAUGGUUCGAGUCAUCCAACAGAUAUGUGCCCCACACUCCAAGAUGAUUCGACUGAGCAGGCUAAUGCAGUUGGAUUUCCAGGACCACCUCAGAGACGGUAUGAUCCCUAUGCAAACACCUAUAAUCCAGGAUGGAGGGAUCAUCCUAAUUUUAAUUAUGCAGUAAGGCCACCAGGAUUUUCACAUCAGUCACAAUAUCAACCUAGACCUCAACUUUCACAGCAACAACCUGCUCCUAAAUCAGUUCAUAAUUUGGAGAAUCAAAUGAGCCAGUUAGCUUCCACAGUCAAUAGAUUGGAAUCCCAAUUAUCUGGAAAGCUACCUUCGCAGACAAUUGUCAACCCCAAGCAAAAUGCUAGUGCCAUCACAUUAAGAAGUGGCAAAGAGUUGCCUGAGCCGAGCAAGAAAAUUUCUGAACAAGCAAUCGAGGAAGAGCUCGAAAAAGAGGGGAAUGUGUCUCAACCUAGAGCCUUGGAACAACCAGAUUUUGGAGAAAAAUCAACACAAGUGGUUACACCUCCGCCUCCAUUUCCUAGUCGACUGGCAAAGUCCAAAAAGCAAGAGCACGAACAGGAGAUUUUGGACACUUUUCGAAAAGUUGAGGUAAAUAUCCCUCUUUUAGAUGCAAUUAAGCAAAUUCCUAGAUAUGCUAAAUUUUUGAAGGAAUUAUGCACUGGUAAGAAAAAGUUGAAAGGAAACGAGAAAGUGCAUAUGGGAGAAAAUGUUUCGGCAGUUUUGCAGAAAAAAUUGCCUCCUAAAUGCAAGGACCCAGGUAUGUUUACUGUCCCUUGCAAAAUAGGUAAUAUUAAAAUUGAAAAAGCUAUGUUGGAUUUGGGUGCUUCGAUAAAUGUUAUGCCUCGUUCUAUUUAUAAUUUGAUGAACAUUAGGCCUUUAAAAGAGACGGGCGUAAUAAUUCAACUGGCUGAUCGAUCAAAUGCCUAUCCUGAUGGAGUUUUGGAGGAUAUUUUAGUGCAAAUUGAUAAUUUGAUUUUUCCUGCAGAUUUUUAUGUGCUUGAUAUGGAGGAUGAUAAUUCUAAUUCAUCUCCAAUACUGUUAGGGAGACCAUUUUUGAAAACUGCUAGAACAAAAAUUGAUGUUUUCACUGGCACAUUGACUAUGGAAUUUGAUGGUGAUGUUAUUAAAUUUAAUAUUUAUGAUGCCAUGAAAUAUCCUGGUGAAUCUCAUUCAAUUUUUGUUAUAGAUGUAAUUGAUUCUGAAGUUAUUUUUGAAUUGAAUUCUCUUUGCCCAGAAUUUUCCAAUGUGUCUUACUUGGAAUUACCUCUGUCUCAUUCACAGCUUUUGCCAUCUAUUGUGCAAGCCCCGAAGGUGGAAUUAAAGCAGUUACCGGAUAAUUUAAAGUAUGCAUUCUUGGGAGAUGGAGAUACACUCCCAGUAAUAAUUUCCAGUAAAUUGACUGCUUUAGAGGAAGAAAAACUAAUUCGGGUGUUGAAGGACCACAAGGAGGCAAUAGGAUGGACAGUGGCUGACAUAAAAGGAUUAAGUCCAGCCACUUGCAUGCAUCGCAUCUUGUUAGAAGAUGGUGCUAAGCCUUCGAGAGAGGCUCAACGGAGAUUGAACUCACCAAUGAUGGAGGUAGUGAAGAAAGAAGUUUUAAAACUUCUUGACACAGGUAUAAUCUAUCCCAUUUCGGAUAGUAAGUGGGUAAGUCCUGUUCAAGUAGUUCCUAAAAAGACAGGAAUUACUGUUAUUGAAAAUCCUAAAGGUGAGUUUUCUACAAAUUCCAGUGGCGCCUGA